AUGCCAGACGAUGCUCAUAGGUGGAAUCAGGUUGCAGAGCUCCUUGGAGGACCAGUCGCAGAUUUGCAGAUCACUCCCCAGCCAUCUGUAAGGUGCUAUAUAGGCCAAUUUCUUGGUACUUCCUGGCCACUGGUUACAGUUAACCAGUGGAUCAACGAGAACCACCUUAUCUGGACGCUCUGCGCCGCCCUCGCAACACAUGCCCGCGACGAUGAUUGGACACGCACGUUUGAGAACAACCACCGCGCCCAGUGGGACCAGAUCCAGGAGAGUGUGGAGCAGGCCCAGGGCGCUGACAGAUUUCUACUAGAUAUCCCAUCCCCGCCUUUGUUGCUUGCUGUGUUCCGGAGCACUAGUAGGUCUCUGCGCCAGAACCACGCCAUCAUGGCCACACCUGCUAGUAUCCGUUCCAACGGAGGUCUCCUGGACCUCUUGCGGUUUGUGUAUAAAAAAGCGCACGGGCUGAUUUGGGUACGGAUGGCUUUAGGGCAAGUAGCACAAAGCACAACCUAA